GAGUGAGCGAGAUACAAGAGUGAGGUAAAAAGAGAGGAAGAGUACUCGAGUGACGUUUCCGACGCUGCCCGAGACGAGUAGAUUGUAUACCGCCCCUACGCGUCAGGCAACCAGAUGACUGAGCUGAUGAUUGUGUACGAAUGAAAAUGGCCAAGAAAGAGGUAGGCAAAGUCGCUCUGCGAUAUUUACUCGGGACGUGCGUGCCUUCAUCAAAACGAAAUGCUGCCAAAGUGCGCAUACCGCGAUUUAAGUUCGACGACUACAUUAACAUGUACUUCAAAGAACACGAUUUCGUUUAUGCCAACGAUCCGCAGAAACUAUGCAAAACAGGUGAUGUGAUCUUGUUAAAGACACUACCGACAAAAUUAACACGCCUGAUUACUCAUGAGGUUGUCGAGGUGAUACAUCCUCUGGGUGAUGUCACAGAUCCAGUUACCGGAAAGCAAGUUGUCUCAUUUAAGUAUAGGGAUGAUGUGAGUGAGAUUGCAGAAUUAUUUGGCAAAAAGGAAACAGCUUAUGAUUAUGAAAAAGCACCAAAAAGAGGAAGACUGGAAGAUACACAUGACUUUACUCAUAAGAAGGUGUAUCUGAAGUACUAUGAUGAUCCAAAGGAUCCACAGCCAGACACAGUAUAGAAUACUUUUGUAUCGUAUUUGAGAAAAUUGGCAAUAAAUCUUGAACAUUUCUCAUCUUUUUCUAUAGAA